ACAUGUUCUGCAAAGAGUAAGCGUAAGAAGAAGAAGAAGAAGAAGAAGAAGAAUCAGAAUCAGAAUCAGAAUCAGCGGAACAAAAGCGGAAUGACUGAGUGAGACUGUCAGCAGCAGCAGCAGCAGCAGAACACCGUGUAUGUCAGUUUAAAAGUGCUCGCAGCGAUUCACCGCCAUUUUAGCUUAUAAUGGAGCUUCAUGACAAAGACAGAGAGAUUCUGCCUGUUGUGAUUAUUGGUAACGGCCCCUCUGGGAUCUGUCUGUCGUACCUGUUGUCAGGUUACACCCCCUACCUGUCACCUGGAGCAUCGCACCCCAACCCCCUGCUGCACAGCAAACUGGUGGAGCAGCCUCACCUGUCACUGCUGGAGCAGGAUCUGGAGUACCUGUGUGAGGGUCUGGAGGGCCGAUCGUCCAAUCCCGUGGCCGUGCUCUUCGACUCGCUGCUGCUCCCCGACAGCGACUUCGGACUGGACCACACGUCGCCGCUGGAAUGGCGAUACGAGCCGGAGCGCGCCAUCUCACACCUGGUGCUAGGGAAGGGUUCACCUGGAGGAGCCUGGCAUGCCAUGGAGGGCUCCAUGCUAACGCUGAGCCUGGCUAACUGGAUGGAGCUUCCUGGACUCAAACUGAAGGACUGGAUGAAAGACAAACGCAGAAAUGUGCGUAAUGACCGCGCCACACCAGCAGAGAUCGCCUCUUAUUACCAACACUACGUUUCGCAGAUGUCGCUCGAGCAGAACUUUGCCUGUGGAACCACCGUCACCGCGGUAACCAGGCAGCCCGGCGACCAGGACGGGUCGCCGCCCUGCUGGAGAGUGACGGGGCUGCAGCGCAGAGAGGGGGAGGAGCUGGGAGACGGCUCGUCUGUCUCGGAGGAGGAGCCGUUCUCGCUGUUGGCCCACAACGUGGUUUUGGCGACGGGGACGCACGACAUCCCCGCCAGGCUCGGCGUGGAGGGCGAGUCCCUGCGCUUCGUCUGCCACUCCUUCUGGGAGCUGGAGGCGGCCAUUGCCCGCGGCGAGCUCGACCAGUCCUCGGACCCGGUGCUGGUGGUGGGGGCGGGGCUCACUGCGGCCGACGCGGUACUGGCCGCUCAUCACCUCAACACGCCCAUCUACCACGCCUUCAGGCGCUCUGUCGCCGACCCGGGACUCAUUUUCAACCAGCUGCCAAAGCUGCUCUACCCCGAGUAUCACAAGGUUCACCAGAUGAUGACUCGGCAGCAGCACCAACCGACCCCUCCCCCUCAGGAGCAGUCACAGAACGUGGACCGCCUCUCCACCGCGUCGUCCCGCUCCUCCUACACGGGCUACCUGAGCUUCCCGUGUCACAGGGUCGUCGCCUUCCGGCCGAACGGGAAGUGCGUUCUGGAGUCGGACUCCGGGCAGCGGACGGUGGUCCAGGUCUCCAAGGCGCUGGUCCUCAUCGGCGCUCACCCUAACCUCACCUUCCUGGAGGACAACGGGCGUCGGCUCAGCGUGGACCCCAGUGAGCCGAUCACGUGCCGGCGGAACCCGAUUGAGGUCGACCCGUUCACGAACAAGGUGGUGGCGGCAGACGGUCCGGGUCUGUACGCCAUGGGCCCGCUGGUCGGCGAGAACUUUGUGAGGUUCCUGAAGGGCGGAGCCCUGGCGAUCGCGAGCAAUCUCGCCAAAAGACAAAGAGAGGGGUGGACGGACGGAGACAGACAGGGGAACUCAAAGAUCUGCAAUCUGGACUCGUAGCAGUUCUUAUUUCAUUUUAUUUCUAAUUUAUUUUUAAGUGGAAGCAAAUAAAAAAAUCCAGAGCUACUGGACUCGCGGGCGUCUUCUCCGAUCUUACUGUAAACGCGAGGACUUCGGAAGGUUAGCGUCAAGUUUGCUAACGCAGACGAUUGUGAGCAAGUAAAGCCGAGUUCACGCGACGCAAUCUUCAGCCUCCGAUAAUCCACCGAGUUUUGAAACAUCUUCCCAACUUCGUACGCUCCCGAUCUCACUCCGAGCGUAAUGGCGCCCUCGUCCGAUCGUAAGUGCAAUUCUCGCCAGAGUCCAGUCUACGACCUGGACUCUGGACGUCGUGGAGGGAGAACGCGACGUUUCAUGUCGCUGUAAAACGUUCCUUUUAAUCCCACAGUGGAUUUUUUUUAUAUAUAUAUUAUGGUGUUAAAUUGUAAAUGUAAAAAGUGAAACCACUUUACGUUCUGUGUAAGAAACAAUGACAGGCGCCCCCUUGUGCCACGUCACAGUAAAACACGCUGAACUCACAGGAAACAUCGACUGUUCCCGACAUUCACCGUAAAGUCGUACGUCGUCGUUGUCUUCUUCUGUUUUUAUUUCAAACAGAAUCUUCAGUUAAAUAAUAGAAUUAUUACGAAAAAUCAUUUUGACAAAAUGUAAAAGGCAACUCGCGUACGUUUUAUAUACUGUAUAUAAAAAGUAUAUAAAAAUAUGUUUGUGUGUGUGUGUGUGUGUAUAUAUGUGUGUGUGUGUAUG